AUGGGUAGAAAUAUUACAGAAACAAGUGUUUGGGGUUUGGAGGUGUUAAAAGCUUCCAAGGAUGAUGAAAUUCAAGAAAAUGCCAAAGUUUACAAGGAAGAUGUAGUUCAAGAGAACUCGAAAGAACACGAGACAGAUAUUGACGUUCAAUUGGCAUGCUUGAACAACUUUCUGUAUCAAAUUGGAGGCAAACUAAACAAGAACAAAGAAUCUAUUAAAAAAUUAAAGUAUAUAUUACAAGCUGCAAGAGCGCGUGAAAUCAAGAUGAAUAAGGACAGCAAUGUUUAUGAAAACAACAAGGUUACUGAAGAAGAUGAAGAGUAUAAAGAAAUUGGUGGAAUAAAAAAGGGACGCGAUCUGCUGGAGUUUAUGAACAGAAAAUAUGACUUCAAUUUAAAUUUUUUUAAGUUAAAAGGUUUUUUGGAAGCUGUGGGAGAAAACGGAUUAAGUGAAGAGUGCAAUAAUUUUAACAAGGAAAAUAAUCAAGUGCCCCUUUGCAAAGGACAUGUAAGCAAAGAGGGUCGGCAGGAUUUAAGACUAAAACUUGCAGAGGGAAAACAACAUUUGAACAAGGACGACAUCUUUGAUGUACAACGUGAUCUUUGCAAAAGUGUAAAUGCUGCUAAAGAUGAGGAUAUUUUAAUGAAUGGAGUUGCAAGCGGAUCCAUUGUUAUCCAUUUCCUAGUUAUGAAUUAUCUUGUCGACAUCCUUAAAGUUGGCAAUUUCGAAGCGUUGUAUAAAUAUGGAUUAAUAGAAGUCACUCUCAUGGGACACUGUAUCUACAGAUGCAAUAACAGUGGUAUGUAUUAA